ACAAUACAAGGCUGUUAAGCUUGACUAAAUAGGACAAAGUACUUGAAUUUAUCGUCUUUAAAGACUCCUUCCUGAGAGUAUAAACACCAUAUCACUAUGUUCCUCCUAUUAUUAGCUCAACCGUUUGUAGACAUCAAGGUCGUGAUGAUGAUGCUUUUUCAAACACUGAUGCUUGCGCUGUAUGCUGGUCCAGUGCUAGUGACAGCAGUUGUCACAGAAGCAAGCGACGGUUGCGGAUUUGAAGCCAUUCCCACAGAACCUUUCAAGUUUAGGUUUCGCAUUUCGGGGAAUCGAUGGUUUCCAAAAGACUGCCCCACCAAUCACAUUUACAACAAACGCCACUGUGGAUGUAUUCCGGAAAAUCUAGAAUCUCGACCUACUCGACAACCAGACUUCAAGACAACAGUUGCUACAUCGUCAAUCGCCGCUAUUCCUACAACCACAGCAAAACCGGCUGUAACAGUUGAUCAAAAUGCAACAGAAUGCACAUUGAUGGCAAAUUCUCUCAACCCCUUGACAUACUAUCAAAUUGGCAGUACUGGAAGGACCCUGAUGCACUGCGGCGAUGGCACAAUCUUUGAGGAGAGUCCAGCAUGCACAUGUGUGCAGUGGGACCGCGUCGAUCCUGGUUCCGCUUUGUGCCAGAUUGGAUCCGAAGAUGAUGGGAACAACACCGUAAUCUAGCCAGAGCAUGUCGAA